AACCUCCUCCUACGCAUAGCUCCUACCUGUUUGUUUUCGUCGCGCUCUGAUGACGUAGCACAACGUUUGCAGUCAUGGCGGCGGAAGGUUUGGAAGACCUGAGUGGCAACGGGGAGCUGGAAGAUCCUUCAGCCAUGGAGGCCAGCGAGGCCCCGGCCCCUCCCCCGUCGGAGGCCCCAGAGGAGAUGGUGGAGGAGAACGGGGCCGGAGCCGCGGCCCCCGACGCAGCCCCGUCCGUCCGUCUCGCUGACCCUCCGGCUUUCUCCAUGCCCUCCAUGCCCGAGGACGAGGAGGGGGAGCUGCCCGCCGACUUCGAGCGCCUGUGGAAGGCCGCCAGCGACACGCCCAACGACUUCACUACUUGGACCGAUCUGCUGCAGUACUGCGAACAGGAGAGCCAUAUGACAGCGUCGCGCCGGGCGCUGGCCGCCUUCCUGGCCCGCUACCCGCUCUGCUACGGCUACUGGAAGAAGUACGCCGACCUGGAGAGACGCAGCGGCUACAACGACAAGGCCCAGGCGGUGUGUGUGCAGGGCCUCCAGGCCAUCCCGCUCAGCGUGGACCUGUGGAUCCACUACAUCAACCUGCUGCUGGGAACCCUGGACAUGAACCUGCCCGACUCCCCUGACCGCAUCCGCAGCGUGUUCGAGGGCGCGGUGGCGGCGGCCGGCGUGGACUUCCACUCGGACCGGCUGUGGGACCUGUACGUGGAGUGGGAGAAGGAGCAGGGCAACAUGCGAGCCGCCGGCGCCGUGCUGGACCGCGUGCUGCGCGUCCCCACGCAGCUCUACAGCAGCCACUACGACAAGCUGAAGGCCCACCUCAGCAGCCACGAGCCCCAGGAGGUGCUGUCUGCGGAGGAGUACGAGGAGCUGCGGGCCGCCUGCCGCCAGAGCCAGAAGGCGGAGCGGGCGGAGCAGGCCCAGGAGGUGGAGGAGGAGCGGCCCCCGGGGGAGGAGGAGCCCGCCACGCCCGAGGACCACGACUCGGAGGAGCUCAUGCAGAAGAUCCGGGAGCAGGUGGUGGCUCGCCGGGAACUUGUCUACCAGCAAAACGAGGGGGAGGUCCGCAAGAGGUGGCACUACGAGGACGCCAUCAAGCGGCCGUACUUCCACGUCAAGCCCCUGGAUCGCGUCCAGCUGCGGGCCUGGCACACCUACCUGGACUGGGAGGUGGCCCAGCUCAGCUCAGACACCAAGGACCCCGGCCAAGAGCCCACCCAGGAGGCCCAGGAGGAGGGGUCAGAGGUCGCACCACCGGCCCAGGAGACGCCGGCAGAGACCAGCGCCGUGGUGGUCGCCACCGACGACCACAGGGUCCGCAUCCUGUUUGAGCGCUGCCUGAUCGCCUGCACACUCUACGAGGAGUUCUGGACCCGGUACGUCCAGUACCUGGAGCCCCACAGCGUGGAGGAGGCACGGGCCGUGUACCGCCGGGCCUGCCUGGUCCACCUCACCCACAAGCACACCAUCCACAUGCACUGGGCCACCUUCGAGGAGAGGCAAGGGGACCUGUCGGAGGCGCGGCGGGUGCUGGAGGCCCUGGAGACCACCCUGCCGGGGCUGGCUGCCAUCCGGCUGCGCAGGGCGGGGCUGGAGCGACGGGCGGGCCACCUGGACCAAUCGGAGGCCCUGUUGAGGGAGGCGGUGGAGGAGUCCCGGGAGAAGCCGACGCUGCAUGCCUUCUACUCCAUCAAGCUCGCCCGCCUGCUGCUGAAGCUCGGCCACAACACCAGCAAGGCCCGCGCAGCGCUGCAGGAGGGCCUGGAGAUCAGCCCGGACAACGGAAAGCUGUACAUGAACCUGCUGGAGCUGGAGGCGUCCGGGGACCCCCGGUCUGCGGCCGGGGCGGUGCAGGAGUGUGUGACGAGGGCUCUGGCCGCGCCCCUCUCGCCCCGAACCAAGAUGGCCUUCUCCCAGAGGGGCAUGCAGUACGCCGAGGACUACGGCACGUCCAUCCAGAGUGUGCUAGCCAUCUACCAGAACCACCAGAGGCUUCUGCAGGAGCUGAACCCCAAGAAGAGGAGUGCUGAGAACGGGGACGAAGAGGCGGAGAAGCUGAUCAAAUCCGACGACGGCUCUGCUGUCGCCGCCGGGCAACAAGUCCCGCCCACCAUGCCCCAUGUCCCCAUAACCACGCCCCCUCCCCCUGUGAUGGGCGCCGAUGCCAGCGCCCAGGGGACCUACGGGGCCUACAACAGCUGGUACCAGCAACCUCAGUACGGCAGCUACGGCUACCAGAACACCUGGAACUACAACCAGGGGUACUACCCGCCCAGCUAGGCCGACGCAGAGUGGGGGGGCCAAGAACGGCGUGACGGCCACAGGAAGCCACCCUUAACCCCUACGCACAAUGUCCUUUCCGUCACCAGCCUCCCACUGGAAUCACAGGAAUUGUGGGUAAUGUCACUGUGGAAGCUGGAGAAGAGAGCGAGAAAAAUAAGGACACAUGGUCGCACAUGCUCAGUUCAGUGUCGUCUGAAGGGGGGGGGGGGGGGGGGGGGGGUCCACCCAUAACAUGAGGCUCCACCAUAGAGACCAUCUGCUUUUUUUUUUUUUUUUAAACCAAUUAUAGCUUGCAUCUGCUCUGGGUGAAAUUCCCGCCACUAUCUUUUUUUAUUUUGUAUUUAAGAGGCCCCUGCCUCUUGUGUUUUAAUCCAAACUGUGUAAUUGCUCCAGUCUGCCCCCUCCCCCUCCCGGCCACCUUCCAUCCACAUUUUAAAGCUGUCCAUAGCGUUCAGCCAUACAGCCUAGUACGGUCGGAGUACUGCAUCAUUCCACAACUAGGCCAGCUGUUCUGUCUUUUUUCUUCUAAUGUGUAUAUAAAGGUGUUUUAUAGCGUGUCUCUGUAAUGGCGCUUCAUUCGUGUUCAAGUUUCUGGAGUUUGUUAUCCAAAACUUGAAAAAUGUGGUUUGCAAAGAAUAAAGUGUUAAACCAGCUCUUCCACCAAAGCCAAUGGGGGGGAAACACCUGCUUAAGGGAUGAGGGUUUUCCCUGGAAUAUCGCCUUGCUUCUGGGCAGCUGAAGAAAGGCACACAUUCAUUACUUCUUUGACCUCCUUGCGUGUUAAUGAGCCUUGGUCACCCAUCCUGGAGUCGUCUUCUCACAUGGGGACAACCUUGUGUAACAUCUAUUUUUGCAAGUCUGCUUGUUGAUCUUUUGCUAUUUGUAAUAAAGAUUGUAAACCUGACACAGAAGAGGUUCUAUCCACUUUUAGGUCAGCAUCAGGACAAUAUCUUCAUACUGUAAAGCUACAGCGCUGGGUAGAAAACAGGUCUUAGUUCAGUCAGGCAUUUGUUUAUUUAUUUGAAGCGGGUCCUUGGUGGCAGCAUGGACAUAAAUCAAAACUCCUGUGAAUAUAUAAAAACAUCUGGCAAAGGAUAUCACAGAAUAAGGAGGAUCAGGUGGGGCCCGAGACGGCCCUGUGUCAUGACUAGUGAUGUUUGAGGGAACCACGCUGUGAAAGGUUCAGGCUAUAAGGUACAACACCAGGUUUAGUGUUUUAUAAAUGUCCUUUUUAUGUUCUGGGGUGGCGCUACAUAGCGUUGCAAUCAAUCACUGUUCAAUAGUUUCUUACUUCAACACACGCAUUGUAGCAUUUCAAGAAAUAAAAUGUUCACACUUCCCCCUAUUUAAUCUUUAUUUUUGUCACGGUCAUCUGAUAAAAGGGAGGACUUCUACAGUCCCGAGUACAGACUACACCGCCUCAUCGUUAAAACAACUGGUUGAUUGGUGUGCUAAUGCAGCUUCCCCCCAUAAUCCACCCCAUGCGCCAUAUGCAGGCUUGGCUCAAUUGACUCUGCUUUCCAUUCCCCCCCCCCCCUCCCUCUGGGCUCUUAUUUUGAAGUAGCAGAAGUCAUGGCGAGGUAGGCUCACAUCACAUCUCCUGAUGCCACGCUCACUUCUUAAUGACGACCAGCACGGCCGUCGGCACCAGCCCUACAGCAGAGGAAGGAGGACAGGAUUAUGGUUCUGCUUCAUUCUCAAAAUUGAAAACCGAGCUAUGUUUGCUGAUGGAUAGGCACAUUUGAUAAGCAUUUAGUCGUUUAGCAGACACCUUGAAGCAAACCAAAAAAAAGAAAAAUAGAAAUGCUGUAGUUCUUGUUCCACCUUGUUAGUCACAAACAUACAGUCACUCCCUUAGUACUCUUUUUUUUUUUUGCAUUUUUAAGGAGAGCUGGGAUACAAAAAUGUCCUUGCGAGCUAUGUCUUCUUUGCCUGUUAUGUUGUGCAAUUCACUAAUAAAAUAACUUGACAGCACAUUUGAA